UCCCCGCAGCCCUCGCAGCCCUCGCAGCCCCGCCGGGCCCCGGGCGGCCCCGCCGCAGUCAUGCCCGCCGCCGCUCCGCCGCCGCUUCAACUUGGCGGCUGAGCCGAGGAUUGCUCUUACCCUGCCAACAGCAUGGAGAGUGUGCGUGAGCUCCAGGACCCACUGUUGGCCAAGGCUAACAGGCACCUCCACAGCAGCUAUUCUUACCACCAGCACCACAGCCAAGACUACCCCGGCCACCACUGCCAAGGGAAACUGUACUCCUACAUCUUCCAAAACACUGGCGGAGCCAGGACUCACCAGCUGCUGGAUGCCAGCUCCCUGCAGCUGGCUGUGGAAGCCUUGUACGGCCCCAAUUUCAUCCUUGUGAAAGAUGAGACUGCUCUCAAGGCAAAGGACAGCAAGACAGAGAGCUGUGAGACCACUUUUACAGAAGGUAAAGAGGUUCUGUCUGACAGUCCUGAUGGGCAUGAUGUACAAGGGUCCUGCCUGGUAGAGAGUGACAUCCGCAUCCAAACAGUGUCCUAUGAGGUGGAGGAGGAGGAGCUCCAGGAGUACGAGAGCGACUCCUCUAGUGACAGUGAAAGUGAGGACCAAUUCCUGAUGCUCCCCCCCCGAGACCACCUUGGCCUGGCCCUGUUCUCCAUGCUGUGCUGCUUCUGGCCCUUGGGAAUUGCUGCAUUCUACUUCUCCCAAGGGACCAGCAAGGCUGUCUCCAAAGGAGAUUUCCACUUGGCCAGCUCAGCUUCCCGCCGAGCUCUCUUCCUUGCCGCGCUCUCUAUAACCAUCGGUACAGGCGUGUACGUCGGGGUGGUGGUGGCACUUAUCGCAUAUCUCUCCAAGGGGGGCCACGUGUAACUGCUGCCUGCACACCAGCAUGGUCCCCAGCCACCAGUCCUCCUGGGAUCAAGCCUUCCUGUGGAGCACAGGGUGCCAGUGCUUGCAAGGGCUUCUGGCAUAGCAGGACCUUGGAUACCCCGUGCCAGCUCUUUCCCUUUUCAGACACACAGUAGAUCCUUGGAGAUACUCAAAAGCCACCUGGAUGUGGCUGUGGGCAAGCAGCUCCUAGGAGGUCCUGCUUGAGCAGGGCUUGGACCAGAUGCCCCCUGGAAGUCCCUUUCCAGCUUCAACUGUUCUGUGUCCUCCCUGGUACUGUGGGGUGACACCAUCUGACAGCAGGGAACUGAGUAGUGACCUGACCGCUGGGGCCAGGAGGACCACAUUGGAACAUGCGUAAAAGCUGCUGCUGGCUACUGCCACCAUUCUGCUCCAGGGCCACCACUUGCUCUCCCAACAUUGCAGUGGGGACAGCCACCACCGAUGCCCAGGCUUUGCCCAUGAAGGAGACAGGCAAAGAGGAACGACUGCUCUUUCUUUUGGGCAUUUGGGGCCCUGGUGUGGAUUCAGGACUCCUAUGAUGGGGACAACAAUCUCCUGUCAGUGUCAUGAGUGGCACCUGGCCCUUCAGCUGCAGCAAAGGAAGAGGGUGCAGCAUGAACAUAACCAAAAGGCAUGCUCUGGGGUGCUCUCCGCAUCCUUUCCAGAUGGACAUACAGUAGCUAGCCUGCUCCAGAUGAGAACCAAGAAGAAAUGCAAGCUGGUGCUUGCAGACAGUCGACCUGAUCACCAAAGAUGGUAGCAAAAUCCACAAGGUUUUCCAGUGUUCACAAUGAUUGUACCAAUAACUGUAGUUCAGAGCUCCAGAAGGGCUGGCAUCCCAUGGUGAUCUGGAGAUAUUUGAAGUGGAAACUGCUGCCCACAACAAGACUGCGGGGUGUGGGGGAAAGAUCUUAACUCUCAACACUGAGUUGGGGGUUUGCACACCAGGAGUGGGGAGCACAAGACUGGCACGGCAUGCAGAGCUCAGGUGGGUGCUGGAAGCAAGGAUCCAGAGAGGCGGAGGCCUGGGGGGAGCACAGGAAAUGGGGAGACCCCAACAUACUCCUUCCCACAUCUUGGAGAGGGGCAUCUCCAUCUGUCCAAAGGACUCUGCUGACUAGGAAGUACGGUACAUCCAUGCCUACAACUGACUUCUGUCAAUUUGUAUGUUGUCAGUGACACACCAAGUGCUUCAGGGAUGGACACUAAGGCAGUGACUGCCCCAAAGCGCUCGGUUCAAAGGCCUUUCCUCACCCCUUCCCUGGUGCCCUCUCACCCCUCUGCCGCUGGCUCUGCAAGUAGCACAGUGUGCUCCUCACAUGUACAUUUCAUCCUAAAGAAGCAUGUUAGUAUCUGCAAUUCCUGUUGUACUCGAGCCAUAAAGGAGAGAAGCACAUCAGAGACCUGUUCAGAAGCAGUUCUGAAAGUUCCCAUUAUGUUUUAUAAUGUGGAAGAGCUAAUAAAAGAGCAGGCAAAACAA